AAAAAAAAAAAAAAGACUGGAAGGUCGGUUUCUUAGUAUAAAAAAACAGAGAGAAGUGUGUGGAACUGAUUGGAUUUAAUCACCUACAACAGCUUGUUUUUUUUUGUGUUUUUCGGGGUUUAAGUAACGCUUCUGAUUGUUGGCACUGAACUUCCUGUUUUAACAUUUAGUGGUGGUAGAGAAGAGAAAAAAAAGAGGAGGAAAACACGCACAUAUGUGGUUUUGGUCCUAAAUAUGUCCAGUUGCGCGUUUGGAUUUGGAGACUUAAAGUAAAAAGGUGAUAGAGCUUUCUUGUGCUUUGUGCACAAUGAGUUUUGCGGGUUUUGUGCGUUUUCCUGCCAUUCUUCUCUGCGCUUCCUGCUCGGACUGACCGCAAGCACUUCACGACUAAAAAUACUCAUCAUGGACGGAGAAACGGACUUUUUCUUCUUUUAAAACACUCAGGAUAUUUCCUUAUAUAUACAUAGUUUUAGAUCAUUGUUGGCGCAGCAGUUUAUGUGUUUUGCGCAUUCACUGAGCAAAGCAAGGUGCACAAGAUUUUAUGGACAAAUUUAGUUCGUCAAUGUAGUAAAUUCGACUCAUUUCCUGUUAAUCACAUCUUAGGAUAUGGGAUUUGAACACAUCUCAACCUAGCGUUCAUGGAGUGCUUAGGGUUUGCGCUCACGUCCACCGUUUCCAUCUUCAUGGAGACCCGCGCUCUCCAUGUGUCCCGGUGCUGUGCGUCUUUUCAUGGUUAGCGCGCUUGGCUUUGGAGGAAAAUUCAGAGCGCAACAGUCCCUCUCCAUGAUCCUCAGGUACAGUUUGGAAACUGGAGAGAGGGGCCGGAGAGUGUGUACAUCUGGAGCGUUUUCCAAUUGUUUGGAUCCGUUCGUAAAGAGGAAGAAGAAAAAGAAGAAGAAGAAGCGCUAUGGAGCCUCUGAAGACCAUAUUUACGCGCGGCACGCUGUCCCCCUGGAAAAAUCUGGAGCAAUCCCAGAAAGGGAAUUUCACCAACCCGGUUUGGACUGCGCUCUUCGAUUAUGAGGCGUCCGGCAAGGACGAGCUCACCCUGCGGAAAGGCGACGUAGUGGAAGUUCUGUCUUUAGACUCGGAAAUUUCCGGGGAUGAAGGCUGGUGGGCUGGAAAGGUCAACAACAAGGUGGGAAUUUUCCCUUCCAAUUACGUCUCGCUUAAACCCAGCGGAUAUGGAAAGAUCCCGGGUUCCAGCGUGACAGCAGGUGAACUCGGGCCAGCAGUGGAGCUGCAGGUCGAGCCAGAUGUGGUAGAUUUCCGGGAUCUCAGCUUGCAAGAGGUGAUCGGUGUCGGCGGGUUUGGGAAGGUCUACCGCGGCACAUGGCGAGGGGACCUGGUGGCGGUAAAGGCUGCGCGCCAGGACCCGGACGAGGAUAUCAGCGUGACGGCGCAGAACGUGCGCAACGAGGCGCGCCUCUUCGCCAUGCUCACGCACCCCAACAUCAUCGCGCUCAAAGGAGUGUGCUUGCAGGAGCCCAACAUGUGCUUGAUCAUGGAGUACGCGUCCGGUGGACCUCUGAGCCGUGCGCUGGCCGGGAGACGCAUCGCACCACACAUUCUGGUCAACUGGGCCGUGCAGAUCGCCAGAGGCAUGCUGUACCUUCACAGCGAGGCUAUAGUUACUGUCAUUCACAGAGACCUCAAAUCAAAUAACAUCCUCCUGUCCCAGCCGAUAGAGAAGAACGUGAUGGAGGGAAACACACUGAAGAUCACAGAUUUCGGGUUGGCCCGUGAGUGGCAGAAGACCACCAAGAUGAGCACAGCGGGGACUUAUGCCUGGAUGGCACCGGAGGUCAUCAAAUCCUCCACCUUCUCCAAGGGCAGCGAUGUGUGGAGCUAUGGGGUUUUAUUAUGGGAGUUACUCACAGGCGAGGCUCCGUACAGAGGGAUCGAUGGUCUGGCUGUGGCCUACGGUGUGGCAGUAAAUAAACUGACUCUGCCCAUCCCCUCCACCUGCCCUGAACCCUUCGCCCAACUCAUGUCAGCGUGUUGGGAUCAGGACCCCCACCACAGACCCAGCUUUGCCUCCAUCUUGGCCCAGCUGUGUGCUCUGGAGCAGCAGGUGAUGGAAGAGAUGCCUCAAGACUCCUUCCACUCUCUGCAGGACGACUGGAGACUGGAGAUCCAGGGCAUGUUUGAUGAGCUGCGUGCUAAGGAAAAGGAGCUGCGGUGUCGUGAAGAGGAGCUGAAGCGCGCCGCACUGGAACAGAAAUCUCACGAGGAGUUUCUGCGUCUGCGAGAGCAGCAGUUGGCUCAAUGGGAGCAGGAUGUGUUUGAGAGGGAGCUCUCACUCCUCAUUCUGCAUGUAAACCAAAACCAGGAGAAACCCAAAGUCAAGAAGCGCAAAGGAACCUUCAAGAAGCACAAGCUGAAAUUAAAGAACGGGGAGAAAAUCAGCAUGCCACAAGACUUUAUCCACAAAAUCACAGUUCAGGCUUCUCCUGGUUUGGAGAAGAGACGGAAUUCUCCAGAUUUGGGUUCUCCUUCCAUCGGCCCACGUUUCCGUGCCAUCCAACUGAGCCCCAGCGAAAGUAAGUGGAGCUCGGUGUGGCCGCUGGAAUCUCUUCCUCUGAAGGCUAACGGUGAAAGGAAACUUUCUCCUCACUGGAGCCCUCAAAGCCCUAAAAGCCCCAAGAGCCCUAAAGUUCAGCGCCUGAGUCCGCAGGAGAGCGGUCUGUCUAUGAGAGCUCGGCUGUUGGCUUUGGACAGCAAUGAAAAUGGAGACUCCAAAGAUGACUUUGAGGAGUACCGACCCACCACACCUGAACCGAGCCAAAAUGGCUCUAACCUGGUUAAGGAACCUUCAUGGACAGCUCUUCCAGAAGAGGACUCUGGGAGUGAAGAGGGAUAUUUGUCCCCUCGUAGUUCACCAAACCUAGACUGUCGCUCCAGUAUUCCACCUCAUACUAAAAUCACUCACCGCGCCUUGCUCAGCGGGGCUGCUCUUCUCGCUUCUGUGGCUCUGGGACGGCAUCUGGAACCUCAGCACCCACCAACACCCCCUCCACGAACAGCCCAUAGAACUAAUGUUCCUGCUCUGGAGUUAGUCCGAGAACAGCCCAUGCUGGCUGUGGUGGACUUACCCACGGAUCCCGCUUUGGUCGCUGACCUUAUCACGUUUAGUACAGAUUCUCUGCCGCAAGAACUUCUUGUUGACCCACUGAAGCCCACAGAGAAUAAACCAUUACCUUUGACCCCACCUCCUCCAAAUCCCAGAGAGAGGGACAGGACAAGCCAAAAGACUGUCCAGCAUAGCUCUGCUGAGUGGAUCGCUAAUGGAGAGACAGAGAGUGUGAACCAGACUGGAGACAGAAGGAGAAGAUCUAGUCAUGGACUUUCCUCACAACUAGUGUUGGAUCUACCAUUAUGUCAAGAUACUAUGGAAGCAGAUGAGAAAUCCCCGGUCCCAUUUGCUCUCUACCCCGAUCCUCGUCUUUGGAGCCCUAAAACGCGGCGCCUGGAGGUAAACAUCAUACCGCGACCUCGUCCGUCUCCUAACAGACCCCGGAUAGAUCCCUGGAGCUUUAUUUCAGCUGGUGGGAUGGAGAAAUGUAGCCAAAGGCAUGCCAUUUCAACCAGCAGCCCAACAAGUCCAAGACUAGGGUACAGACCCUCACCGACCAACCCCUUCAUGAAUUGUGACCCCUUCCCUUCCCCUGACUGUGAUCCGUUCAGUCUGAAGGCGGACCCAUCUAUAAACUCCGAUCUUUCCUCACCCUUUGAUCCAUUCUCUGCCCCUUUUCCUGUUUCACGCUCCGCACCAUGUUCCACCAACGGGAGUCCCAACCUUUCUCUCAGGGUCGCCCCACUGAACCCUGCUGAUGCCCCAUUCCUAGACCUGGGUUGGGCAGGGGUCAACAAGCCCAUAGGUGUUGCCAAAGAGAAAGUUUUCCCCAGAAAGACUCUGGGUCUUAGUCCCUUCAAGUCGCCAGCAAAACAAAGAGAUGACGUAUUCUGAGCUUCUCCUGGAAGCCCCACAUUUACCAGUCCACAUUUAAACCACCCAGCUUUGCAUGCUUUGGAGUUGUCUGGGUUCCUUUGAAAAGCUUCAGACUACCCAAGUGUUUGAUUGCAAAAAAAAAUUGCCUUCACAAAAAAAAAAAAAAAAAAAAGAUGCUCAUAAUAUUUCCAAUUUUAUGAUGUGGCUCAUUUUCUUCAAAUCACCAUCAGUCACCAUUUCAGAUUGAGGAUUCUACCAGAACCUGGAGCAUAAUCCAUCUUACCUAAUUAGCUUAUUUAAUAUGACUUAUUUAAUAUGCAUUGCAUUACUUUAAGUGCCUUUGUCUGUUGGUUGUCUCAACUAAGACUAAGUAAGAGUUAUGCUACGGAAACAAGCAGAUUUCAAAUAUCGGUUUAAUUCACAGUUUUGUCAUGAGCCGUGUUUUUAGCAUUUGUACAUGAUCUGAUUCUAAUACGUCUGUCUUGAGUUCGAGACGGCUUUUUUUUAUCCCGCUUCUCUCGUCACAUGGAGUAUAGUCUGUACAAACAAUCAAGCUGUUGAUUUCCUAUGGAAAGUUACUAGGAUCUAAAUUCUUAGAGCAACUCUUCCAAUCUGCAGAGAUGAACAAGACAAACUUGCUGAUUAUUCCAUACACAUACUGUACCAAAGAAUGAAAAAGAAAGCUCAGGCCAGCUCAUAUUAUCACUAUCACCUCUUCACUUCUGCCUGGAGCAAAAUCUACAUUAGCAUACUAAGAUAAUUCCCUUAAAAUGGAUCCUUGAAAUUUUAGAAAACUUCACUUUUUAUUUUCUGAGCACCAGAUAUUGAACUCUUUAGACAAAAUAUUCACAGUAAAGACAUGGUCCGAUAAUUGAACCAGAAAUCCGUGGUUAAUACGUUUUAUCCGGCAUGGCUUUAGUUACAGGACAAGCCACCGAAGCAUGGUUUCCAUUGCGAUUAAAUCACAUGGUUUAUGUUUGAUUAAGAUGGCACGAGAUAGCAGAGAACAUCACAGAAAGCUGUAUUAUUUUGGCAAGGCUCGCUUCUCUUAAUUCAAACCACAAUGAUGGUGACGAGACAGUGGCCUAAAUCUAUUUUAUACGUAUUUUUAAACUACUGAAAAACAAACAAACUGUGUAGCAAUGUAUAAGGCAGGGCAUCUACCUCCCUUAUGUGUAUAACGUGCAUGUACUGUACUAAAAAAUUCUGCAAGCCCAGCAUGACGGGGUUUGGCUUAAACCUGCUAUUCAAACUAUAUGACAGGUUUAUGAUGACAUUUCCUACAUAUCAGACAUAUUACAAACGUUUCAGAUUGGCCCUUUAAUCACCAAGACACCAUAUAUUCAUCAGUACUACAACAGACCCUGUUCAAUUUUAGCACGGAAUUGCAAAGCCUUCAUCCGAGUCUGGAGGAAAAUCUGUUCGGAACGACAAAGGAUCUCUGGAGUCUUCGACUGCUCUUUGAAAAAGUGCAUUCACUGUACAAAAAUUGUAUCCGUACAGGCACACACAAGUCCCACACCAUCAGCGUUAACUUACUGACACGGCUGCUUGCCGUCAAAGGCUACAUAGUCUCAGAGAGAUGAAAAGUGUUCACAAUACUAAAAAAGUGAUUACUUCUGACUUUUUUUUCAUCCCUGGUGGAAAUGAACCUUAUAAACCCAAGCUCGUAUGCUUCUUUAGUACCGCGAUAGCGCCACGAGGCUGAUAAAACAGAUAUUUUCCUUACUCUGAAAUGUGCUUAAAAUAUUGCCGAAUGCUGAAAUAUUGCUUAAAAUGACAUGCAUUUGGUCAGUAAUUGAGUUUUUAAAUUAGAAAAGAUUCUUUAGAAAUACUUUUACAUGUUUGGGAGCUCCUUCCAAAAAUACAAAAAAUACAUACAAAGCUUCAUAAGGAGCUUUAAAAUAGUUACUGCUGCUGUCCAUUUAGCUUCUGAUAUAUUAAUGAGUCAACACCUUCUGACCAAUCAGAACAGAGUAUAAAGACAUUAUUAUUCCCUACAAAAGUUCCUAUUCAAAUACAUCUUUUUUAACUUUAACCCUUCCGUUUCUUCAAGGGAUAACACCGUGGCCUUUUCUCUACCAAAGAUGUUGAGAGUCAUUGAAAAGAGUUUUGAUAUUUGGUUUAUCGUCUUCGUUUCUAAAGUUAGUGGUCAUUCGCAUAUAGUGGUCAUUUGUCAAGACAAAAGUUUAUAUUAAAUUAUUAAAAGCCUGGAAUAUUAAAUCUAGACUGCAUUCUCUACCAGUAUGUUUCUGUAGUUUUAUAGGAAGCACCAGCAAUAAUAUCUUUGCUCCUUUCGUUGUAAAUCUGAACUCUUGCCUUAAGUCCUGCCUUAAUUCUACAUUCUAUAUCACCAUCAUCAUCUUCUUCUUCUUAAAACUCAUACCUGGUAUUUCACCAUUUUUUUUUUUAGAAAUGUUUCACCAUCUUGUAGAAAAACAGAUUGUUCCUGAAAUGUCUAGGUUUUAUGCUAAGUAAGGCUUUUUGAGGUAAUUAGCCAUUAUGCUAGCUAGGUCACUGUUCACUGUUAAUCACUGCAUUGACCUAGAGAUCGGACAAAACUGGUCAAGAAUCACGAACAUUAAUCUCUACUUGUGUUUAAAAGUAUAAUUGAUAAUGUAACUGUAUUAAAGUUUGGCCAGUACUGAAAUAAUUUAGCCGAGAUGCUAAUAUGAUGAACUGUAGUUAGCUAGGAAGACCAAAUGAAGUUAGCAUGACUGAUAAACAGAGAUUAAAAUACAAGGUUUUAAGUUUCUGAAUUUAUAUUAUUUGCCUGUUUCAGGUAAAAAAAACAACAACUUUUUAAAAUAUUUUUUCCUUCAUGAAGUUUAUAACAGGUUUGACACCUCAACUUUAAGAAAUCAAAACAAUGAUGAAAUGUUUUUAUUGAUUUUUUUUUAAGUAUUAGCUUGGUAAAUAACAUGCUGUACAGGAGCCAAGCUAACAAACACAGUUUGCCUGAAGAUGUCUAAAACUUUGCUAGCUGAUUAUGAUUUCCUCACACGGUGAAUGUCAGGCAAUGAUCAAGCGGUUUCAUAGCUAUUGACCCUAACAAUGUAGUUUAUGAUGUAACCAGUUUUACUUUCCUGUAGUGAUGCAUGCUAAAGAGAAACAUUUUUCAGUUCAGGAAAACCUGUAUAUAGUUUUCUCAGGCCACCACCUUGGUCACACUUUCCAAUCACGGAUAUAAAAAAAAUAAUACAAGGACUCUCCAGACAUCUGCAGGAUCGUGAAAAUCCUUUAGCUUUAUUUCAGCGGUCUCUAAAACAUUAGCAUAAAUCUCCUUUUAGUUUUGCAAGCUUUUUCCCCCCAAAGUCACCAUCUGCUGGGCUCGUUUUAACGGUAAUAUCUAAUUCUCACGUUGAUCAACCUGGGCUUGGGAACCUGUUUUUGAAAUUGCUGCUCUCCAAUGCUAGUCAGGAUCUCUAGGUCAGACAGAACAGCUGCGCUUGAGCCCAAAAGCCCAGCAGCCAUUCAUCAUAACCGUCAUAUGAGCCGUCAUUAGCAGGUUCUCAUUUAUCAGCGCUACCUUGUCCUUUUUUUUUUUUUCUUUCUUUCUUUUUUUUUUUUGAACUGCUGUUUCCUCAUCAAGUAUUUUUCUCCGUCUCGAUUUGUCAGCGGUGGUUUAAAUCAGUAUGAUAUGCUGUUGUUCAGAAGACACUGUUAUCAUGUACUAGCAUCAUUUUUGUGCCAAAGAAACUUUGUAACCUAAGCUAUUGCGGUCGAAGGAGUGUCUUGGGCUGUUGUUUUAAACGUAGUAAUUAGCAAUGGAAAUAACAUCGUUAGGGUAAUUGUUUUGGUUGUUUUUUGUUUUUUUUUGCUUAUUCUCUGUGCUAAUGCUGUUCCAUUCCCUGCUUCCUCACUAAAUAGGCUAAAUUCUGUUUUGUGCUAAGCACAAUCAGCUUUGACAGAGUAAUUAGUACUGUGCAUAACUUCCUUGUGAGAGAUUUAAAAAAAAUUAAUAAAAAAGAGAGAUAGAUGUAUUUAUUAAGGCCUUAAGACACUGGAUUUAAGAUAUUUUAAUGGGCCAGAGACAGAGUCCUCAUCAGGAUGCUUUGUUUAUUGUAUUUUAUGUCACUGGAGUGUGUGGUGGAGAUGUAUGGGUGCUGCAAAGGGACAAAUCAACCUAUUCUACAAACUAAACGAUCAUCCGUAGUCAGGUACAGACUGACGUUUUGGAUGACGACAUUCUUUGUCUGUUUUACUUUAUAUUUUUCUUCAUUUCAUUGAACUUGGAAGAAUAAAACAAACAAACAAAAAAAAAA